AUGACUGUAGUAGCUUUUUUCACGAUGGCCUCCCAUGAAGAUGACAGAGACGAGAUGUCUGGACCCACCUGCAAAAGAAUCCAAGACUGGCACGAACAGCGAAAAGAGGAGCACCAUGUGAGAGAGGUUGCAUUUCAGCAUUGCGUUGCAGGCUUGACACUGUUUGCAUCUUUUCCAGAUCCAAAGCCACUUCCCUUGAAGGCGUUUAUGAUGGAAUAUCUGGGGACAGCACCACAAAUGAGUAGCCUGAGCUUUACCUUUGCUUUGGAGAUGCUCCAUAAGGAUUUCAAGAAGUACAUGUAUCCGCACGGCCAUUAA